AAUCCCGUCCCAACCCUACUAUCCCUCCUGUCUCCCUAUUCUCUUCCCCCGGCCCUUUACCCUUAUUCACCCUCUACCACCAGCCCCUUCCCUUUCCCUUCACCUCCUCGCACUCCACCACGUCUCACCCUAUCCCCUAAUACUUGUUUAUCACUCGCACUCUCCACACACACACGUCAGUCACUCUCGCUACCGGAAACGGAAGUCCGCGAAGUUGCUUUACUAAAAAAAAGUAGUUCACAGAUGUAAAAAGGUUGGGCACUGAUCUAUUCUCUUUUUCUGUGUUGCGUGAAAAAGAAGAAAAGAUGAACCGUGAAUCACGUGAAAUAUUUACUACCGCAAUAUACUGCGUAUGGAAAGGUACCUUAAAACAAUAACAAAAUGUAUCUUUAUUAUUUUGUAGUAUAUGAAUUGUCGAAGAAGUUACUAUUCUUGGAAUCUUUUACAAUUGUGCGCUUUUGUCUUGUAAUGUAUAAGUUAUGGAAAGGAUUAAAUUGUAGUUCAAUUUUUCAAAAGCUUGGUAAGAAUCAUAAUAAACAAAUUUUUAAUGCAUAAUUAUUAAAUAAAUCUUUUUUUCUCAAACUCAAUCUCUCGGAGAUAUUUAGGAGUUCUUUUUUUACAUGUAGGUAUACCUUCUGAGUUAAAAAAAGCAAAAAACUUUAAUUUAUUCUAUCUCAGCGAAAAAAUUCGGAUCAUAGUGAUCAAAUAUGCGUUCGAAAGUAUAAAAGUAAUGUUUAAUGUGACAUCCGCCUGGGUGCUGUAAAAAAAUUAUUAGACAUUUUAUAAGUCGUUGAAAAUGGCCAAAAACCUCAUUUUUUACACAUUUAGAAUAUUUCAAAACUUGAUGCGAUACAUUUUCGCGUCCAGAUUAGUAAUCAGCACAUCAAAAUCCAGAAACAAUUUUGUUUUCUUUAAAGUAAAAAAAAUUAAAUUUUUGUCGACAAUAUUAUUUAAGCAGAUCAUAUUUUGAUUAGUAUUAAUACAAUGCAAUGCUUAUUUAAGAGGGCUGUGCCAGUAUUGGUAACUUCUUUUUACAUAUUUUUGAAUAAUAUGCGAUUAUAUUUUUAUAUAAUUGUGUAAAAUUAAAUAUAAAUGAAAAAUGAAUUGUAAAUACAUUAAAUAUAAAAAAAAUGAAGAAAUUUGUGUUAUUGUAGAAACUAUACAAUACUGUUUAAAAUUCAAAGUUAUUAUUACACAAAAUUCGUAUAAAAAAGUAUUCUCCUUUGAGAAAAAGGUGUUUUUCAUAUAUUUUUUUAGAAAAACAAAAAAUACUUAUUACCAUAAAUUUUGUAUACUUUUUCACUAAUAUUUUAAUUUAAAAACAUCGUAUUUUAUAUUUUGAAUACUAUCUUAUGGUUAUGUUCAAAUCGAAACAAAAAACUAGAAUAAUUACAACCGCAAUUUGCAUGUAACACAAUUCAAAUAAAAAAAAACCAUAGCAAAAUCGGUUGUAGUGCUGAAAUAAUGUUUUUUUAUAAUAUUUUACAUACAAUUUCUAAUUCUUCAAACUUGUUCACUUACCUUUUAAUACUUUCUAUCGAGAAUAACUCCGUUACUUAUUUCGUUACUUUUGGUUUCAUUUUCAUAUACAGCUGUUAAGUUAAAUCAGAAAAGUAAUAUCAUAGAAUUAAAUUGACAAUUUUAUAUGAUGCUAACUUGUAAAACACCUCCUUGCCAUCUACUUUAGAAUAUGUAAAAAAUCUAGAAAAAUGAUUACAUCAACCAGAGUUUGAAUUUGGAUCUCUACAUUUCGUGUGGGAGUCUCAGUUUGACCACAGAGGCAUUUGAUAAUAUUUAUAUCAACAUUAUUUGAUAUUUAAUUUAGAGAAUGUCUCCAAGAUCGAUAUGUAUAAACAUGAUCGUGAUUAGUGUACAGAGAAUGAGGUAUUUAACUUGAGACACUUAAAUGUCUUGAGAAACAUGCAUCCCACAAAAAAAUUGUCAUAGAUCAAUUUGUUUGCUUUUAAGGGAGCAAUAAAAUGGCGCUAUCAGUUAUGACGUAAACGGUGUUAUAAUCGGCGAUGAAAGCGAUACCAAUUUUAUUUUUUAAAUUAAAAUCUUUUUAUAGCAUACUAUUGCAACUGAAGUCAAGAUAUUUCCAAAACACUACAAUGAAGUAUAUUCACUAAGUACUUUUUGAGUCAUAAAUUUUAUUGUAACUUGAUGUUCUAUUUGGGAUACCACGUGGUAUCCCAAGUAGAACAUCAAGUCACAAAACAUCAAAAUAAUAUAAAGAUGAAUUGUAAUUGACCAAAAAUUUUUAAUAAUCAUUUUUAUGUCACCAUUAACCAUUAUUAUGUCAUAUUUUGAUGUAAUAAUUUUUUUUGUUUACUUUGUAAUGCUAUUGCCAAUGGUACUUAAAUUUUAAGUUUUAUAAUUCGAAAAGUACUAAAAGAAAAAAUACUUUAUUAUAAAACUUUGGAAAAAUCUCGACUUUGGCUACAAUAAAUGCUAUAAAACAUAGAGGUUUUUAUUUAAAACAUAAAAUCAGGAUCGGCGCAAAAAAGUUGACGCCCUAGGCAAAUGAAUAUUAUGCGCCCCCCUCCCCCCGUCCCCCUCAAAGCACGCAAAUACAUAUUUUAAAUAUAAUUAAGGAAUAAUUACACACACGUACAUGCACACACAUCUAUGCAAAACACAAAAAUAUUAAAUAUACUUGGUAUAAAAACUAGCCGAACUUCUCUGUGUUUUACAAGGUUGAAACUGUCACUAAAUACUUGUACUUGGACGCCCGCAUUAGAGUUCUUUUUUUAAUUUGUUUUAAUAAAUUUUAUAUUUUUUAUAUUUUUUUAUAAUUUUUUAACUUUUUUAAUAAUUAAAAAAAAUUUUUUUUAAAUAAUUUUUUUAUAUUUCUUAUGAUUUUUUUAAUUGUUUAUUAUGAUUUAUAAAUUGCACCAAUUUCAAGGGAACAUAGUCUCGUAAAAAUUCCAGAUUUGGCUACAUUUGACCGUAUUUAUUCACUGCAGAAAACUGUGUACGUCCAGAUUUCAAAUAUAGUUUUCUGCAAUAGACAAAUAUGGCCAAAGACAAUUCUAAAAUUUAGUACUGCAAUGGGAUAUUUCAUCCAUAUAAAUUUAAAAGGAAUCGGUACAACCUACAUUUUCUUUUUUCUUGCUUUUAUCUUAAAGAAAGUAGAAGUUAGUAUUUUUAAAUCAAUAGUUUGAGUGAUAUUUUGUUCUAUUGAUAAAAUUGACAACGCAACAAGUCUGUCUUGAGUCAUUGUAGAUCGUAUAUAUGUUUCUAUCAGUUUCAAUUUAGAAAAACUGCACUCACCACUGGCUACAGAAACAGGAAUGUCAAUAAAAUACGAAGAGCAAUGACUAAAUUUGGCAUGCUGUCUAAGAGGUUGCAGUCACACAUAUAAUUAAUUACAUCUUGUGGGUUUGCGUUUUUUGGUAUUUUUCUUGCAAUAGCUUGCAGUUCACUGCACAACUCAAAAGCAUCAAUAUCCUUUGAAUCUUCAUGCGUUAAACAUUUUUCUAAAUUCAAGCAAUUUUUUAAAAAUAUUAUUGUGUGAUUCAUUCUCUAAUUUUUGCAAAUCAUAAAGAAAACCAAAUGUACAGUUAAUUUGGUGCAAUUGGGAAAACUUUUCAUCAACAGCAUUGAUCGCAGUAUCAAGAAUAAAAAUUUACCUUAAAUCGUUGUAUUGCAUUUAGAACAAGCUCAUCUUCUGUUUUGUAUAAAAAUUGAUUUCUUUUUCUUCCCAAGCGAGUUGGUUUGGACACCGAUUAAAAUACUGCAGGAAUACCGAACUCUUCAGUAAAUCCCCUGCUUCUAUCAACAUCUUCAUAAAACUGAAAUUACUUCUGCAAGUCUCAAGAAAUGUUUUUGUUAUAUGCAGCUGCUUUGUAGCAGCAUCCAAGUUAAAAUCCUUAGAUUGGAGUAGUUUACUGGCUACGUUAACUUUGAAAAGAAUGUUAUGCCACACAAUCAAAGAUAAAAUAAAAUAGUUAUAGUUGUAAUAUCUGAAAUUUUCUUAGCAAGUCCUUAAGCCUUUACCCGUGACAAGUUACCAGAUGGUCCUGUCAAAGUGGUAUUCUCGUAAAUAUUCAUAAAAGCAUCAUAUACACGUAACUGAUAUCGAAGUGGUUUUAAUGCAUCUAUUCAACUUUCCCAUCUUAUAUCAUUCAGUAGUUUUAGUAUUGUUACGUUAUGAGGAAUAACGAUUUUUUUUUGUUUCGCAACCAGCAGAUAACAUAAUUAACGGGGCCGAGCAGCAAUGAUUCACCUAAUUUUAUAAUCUCACCCCGAUUCCGAGAAUACGGUGACACUUACAGCAAUAAUCAGAUGUCAUAAAUUAAGAAACUAUAAAUUUACCAAUCAUAGGGAUUUAAGAUGACACCGUUGCUUGACGCCGGAAACACCAUAAGUAGUAAAUUCAGGGAACUGGAAAACGAGUUCAAUUAUCAAACCCGCUGCUUUCUCGGGAUAACAAUUAGGGAGGAAUAUAAAAAAAAUCAUAAAACCAAAUAUUGCACGUAGGCGCAUUAUGAAUAAAUUGGUGCACACGGCCCUUGAUAAGACAAAGGGAAUCAUAGACGAAAAAUAAUAUAAAUCGGCGCAUUUUCUAGAGAACCAAGUAGUCUUGAUUCCUGCUCAAUACGAAUCACAGAUCCGUGAGAUAUUGUAUGUCCGAGUUAUGUGACUCUCAGAUCUGCCGUCUUUAAACUCGUACGAAGCGUUAAUCACGGUCAAAAAAGAAAAGUGCCAUUGUGAAAAGAGGCUAUUUGGGACCUCCCAAACAAUGUGCAUCAGACGCAGAAUCCCUUCGACCACACCGGCCGUCUCCCGCAAAGUAAACCACAGUUUAGAGGCCUGCGGCUCCAAAACUACUGCAUUGUCUGUAACAGCAACACUACAAACACUAACACUACAAUCACCAAGCAGUAAGUCUCGAAUUAACAGUUUAUUUAGCUCUUGUUUUCCGACCACCUCUUCUAUCUAUUGCGAACGAUUUUGUUAUCAAUAUAAUAUAUUUAAUAGGUUCAAUACUUUUGACUUCUCAUACACCCUCUCAUACUGCGUUAAGAGUGAAUCCGGAAGAAAUUUCUUCAUUUAUUUCCAAUCUCUUUUUUGGGAUUCACUCGCUGCGAUAAGAGUGAAUCCGGAAGAGAUUUCUUGUUUUAUUUCCCCUCUUUCUUGGGAUUCACUUGCUGCGGUAAAAGUGAAUCCGGAAAAGAUUUCUUGUUUUAUUUCUCCUCUUUCUUGGGAUUCACUCGCUGCCUUAAAAGUGAAUCGGGAAGAGAUUUCCUGUUUUAUUUCCCCUCUUUCUUGGGAUUCACUCACUGCGUUAAGAGUAAAUCCGGAAGAGAUUUCUUGUUUUAUUCCCACCAUUUCUUGGAAUUCAAACGCUGCGUUAAGAGUGAAUCCGGAAGAGAUUUCUUGUUUUAUUUCCCCUAUUUCUUGGGAUUCACUCGCUGCGUUAAAAGUGUAUCCGGAAGAGAUUUCCCUUUUUUAUUUCCCCUCUUUCUUGGGAUUCACUCGCUGCGGUAAAAGUGAAUCCGGAAGAGAUUUCUUGUUUUAUUUCCCAUCUUUCUUGGGAUUCACUCACUGCGUUAAAAGUGUAUCCGGAAGAGAUUUCCUGUUUUAUUUCCCCUCUUUCUUGGGAUUCACUUACUGCGUUAAGAGUGAAUCCGGAAGAAAUUUCUUGUUUUAUUUCCCCUCUUCCUUGGGAUUCACUCGCUGCGAUAAGAGUUAAUCCGACAGAGAUUUUUUGUUUUAUACACUUCUUUCUUGGGAUUCACUCGCUGCGAUAAGAGUGAAUCCGGAAGAGAUUUCUUGUUUUAUUUCCCCUCUUUCUUGGGAUUCACUUGCUGCGGUAAAAGUGAAUCCGGAGGAAAUUUCUUGUUUUAUUUUCCCCUCUUUCUUUGCAUUUACUCACUGCGUUAAGAGUGAAUCCGGAAGAGUUUUCUUGUUUUAUUCCCACUAUUUCUUGGGAUUCACUCGCUGUGUUAAGAGUGAAUUCGGAAGAGAUUUCUUAUUCUAUGUCCCUUCUUUCUUGGGAUUCACUCGCUGCGUUAAGAGUUAAUCCGGAAGAGAUUUUCUGUUUUAUUUUUCCUCUUUCUUGGGAUUCACUCGCUGCGUUAAGAUUGAAUCUGGAAGAAAUGUCUUGUUUUAUUUCCCCUCUUCCUUGGGAUUCACUCGCUGCGUUAUGAGCAGGGUUGUUACGUUUUAAACAUUUAUGUUUAAAACAAAUGUUUAAAACACGUUUUAAACAUCACACCAAAUUAAACAUGUUUUUGUUUUAAACGUGUUUAAAAUAAACGUUUAAAACAUGAUUCUUUUAAAUGUGUUUUUAAUAAUAUAUUUAUAAAUUUUCGAAGUAUUUAAAUAAUUUUU